CAUCAUCUACAAUAGCAAUCCAUUCCUGAAAUAUCUUCUAUCAAAACGCUCAAAAGUUCCGUUCCCGGCGACGUCAGCGCGGGCCCUAGCGUGGGCGCCUAAGAAAGCCUGUUUGGUUGACAGCCAUGAUUCCCAUCAAGAUAUCAUCACACUAUUUCUCCCUAUUCUGGCUGGAAAAAGCAAAAGGUUCUUUUUUUAAAGGGGUAUCGAACCAUGCAUUCCCGCAUACCCCGGAGUAGUAAUACUACAUAAGGACAUGGCUGUUGAUGCGAGAAGAUAUACAACGACAGCAAUCAGACAUCUCAGAUGCCUUUGAGUAAACGGGCAUUUCGCCCCGAGCGCGAGCCGCUGCGGGAUUAUGCUGAUCUCGAACUACAGCGCUCUCAUAUCAAUGCGCCCUUUUCGUUUCUGAACCCUACUCAUGCGGUCUUCAAACCAACGGAGAAGUACGCCUUGGAAGGCGAGACUGAGAGAAAGAGACCCGAAGGCGAAGAGGAAACGAUCGAGCAAGAUCGCAAGAAACAACAACAACAACCACCACGCGCUGAAGCCGACCAGAUCCAGUACCUGUGGCGAUCUCGCGAUAACCGCAAGGGCCGACAUGCCUUGCAGGUACGAUAUCAUGAUGAGAAAGAUCCAACAACGAAGCCACGCUAUCAGGCUCCGCGGAAGACGAACGAAUUCCGCUCCGUGCUCCAGGGCAUCUGGCGCAUGUUCAGUGUGUUUCCCUAUUGGAACGUCUCGUACCUGGUCGCGGUCGUCUUUACCCUCGGAUCCGUGAUCUGGGUGAUCAACGCCUUCUUCGUCUGGCUACCGCUGGAAGAUCCCAGCUCUGCAUUCCCCAAUGAGUCCCUGACGGCCGGUGGCGUGACGGCUUUUAUCGGCGCGACCACCUUCGAAAUCGGCAGCGUGCUCCUGAUGCUCGAGGCCGUCAACGAGAACACCGCGGGUUGUUUCGGCUGGGCCUUGGAACAGGUGCUCCGGGAAGAGACCGCAGAGGCGAUUACCGUCGUCAAGCCCGCAUCUGAGGACAAAUGCCGUCAUCAUCACGCGGACCGGCGUGUUUUCGUGGGCAGCGGACGGCGCAGAGGACACUCUUCGUGGACGACCGUCGAUGCCGCCGGGGAUAGGACAUUCACCUGGUUUCCGUCCUGGACGGAAUUGAAGACGCAUUAUCUGCAUGAACUUGGCUUUCUCGCCUCCCUGGCGCAGCUGAUCGGGGCUACUAUCUUCUGGAUUGCUGGCUUCACGGGCCUUCCGGGCAUUAUUAACCAUAUGAGUCAACGCGUCACGAAUGGCGUUUACUGGGUGCCGCAGAUUGUUGGCGGUUCUCUCUUCAUUACCAGCGGUCUCCUCUUCACCAUCGAAACACAAAAGAAAUGGUACAUCCCCGCCCCCAACAUCCUAGGUUGGCACAUUGGCGCCUGGAACUUUGUCGGAGGGAUUGGCUUUACGCUAUGCGGCGCUCUCGGUCCCGCGAGCGCCAACUCCGGUGUCGAGUACCAAUCCACUCUCGCCACGUUCUGGGGUUCGUGGGCCUUCUUGAUCGGUUCCGUGAUCCAAUGGUAUGAAUCGUUGGAUAGACAUCCUGUUGAAGAGAAGAAGGAUAAGAAUGAUGGUGCAAGUGUUAGUUCUGAUGAGAUGGCGACGGAGGAACUUGCUGGGAAAGAGAGGGGUUGAGUAUAUUAUAAUUGUAUAUAUGUAUGUAUGAAUGAAUGAAUCAUGAAUGAAUGAAUAUAUGAAUAUGUGGAUGAGUUGAUGGGUUGAUGAAUGGAUUCACGUCGGCGAUGAUAUUGUAUAAUAUGAAGAUAUAUACAUAUAUCCAUCUAUCGGGACCAGAAUAACUGGAUCCGCUCAAUUUAGAUUGCAACUAUACUCCAAGCAGCGGA